AACGUGAUGCGCGUCUGUGUGCUCGUCAUCGUCGUCGUCAGCUAGCUAAUUAAGAUGCAUUCGCGGUUUAGCUACUUGUUUGGUUAAGUUUUGUACAUUACCCGAUCAUCGCAUGUGUGUGAUUCAGAUGAGAUUGUUCCUGUUCUUGACGAUCGAUUUUUUCGUAAGUGCUCCUGAUGCUGAUGGCUGAGCUGUGCACUUGAUCAGUAGCCGGCCGAACUCGUCCCGGUCAGUGUUGAUCCUGAGCUUGAACGGCUUAGUUGCUUAGUCGAGCGCCGGGCAUCAGGUUUCGCGUGUGUAUCUCGGUUCGCUGUCGUCGUCGUGGUCGUCGUGUGAAGAGCUUUCGGAAGUCGAUAAAUGUUUGCGAUACCGGGGCAGAGCUUUCAAUCGCGCAUCAGUUGACGGACUAAGAGUAUACAAAAUUGCUGCGGAGAAGAUAAGCAAAGUGUGAUCACACUAUAUUUAAAACAUAUGUGUUAAAGUGCUGAUUAGUUGUUGUGGCUGUGUGUGGCGUUGGGUUUUCGAUUGAGAAUUCCAAGAAAUGUUUUGAGUUUUUUUUUAUGCGCCCGGCUGUUCGGUAUGAUAAGAGAGCGAGCAAUUUAAUCGACUACUUAGUCGCUGGCAGAAUACUUUUCGUUCCGUGGAUUAUUUGUUGCACAUACUACGGCGUGUAGACUACAGGGAGACUCGAAGGUCUUCCACGCUUGGUUGAACAGGUCGUCGGGGAUCAGUUUCGUCAGUUUAGUGCGGUUGGAGAAUAGAUUCGUACCUAUUCUCUGUUGACUUUCACCGUUUCAGUGACAUCCAGGUGAUAAGCACCAAUAGGUGUGCGUUCGUGUUUGUUUGCAAAAGUGUGAAAAAGUGAUAGGAAGUCAUCACCGGAGUGGCAGUGUACGGCAGUCAUCAUGUCAACUUUACUGAAUUUGGAUAGCUACCGGCAUGAGUUAUUCGAGCAACAUCAGCAUCACCAGCUCCAGCAGCUUUCGUCAUCGCCGACGUACUCGGUGCUCUCGAUGGAAUCUGCGUCGCCCGCGUCGUCAUCGUCGGCAAGCCCCGCCGCCGAUACUAGCAAGUACUACGCUAGCAACUCGCCGUCCAGUGUCAGUAAUAUGUCCCCCAAAUCAACAGCUAGCGAUACGAGCUCCUUCAACAUGCAGAACUUGAACAUUUCCACCAGCUACCAGCAGUACUACGCCGAAGGUCAUCCCCAAACGAUGACCGGCGAGGAGGGUCAACUGCAAACCUUCACCUACAACGAUCCAACUCACCCUCACGUGGAGCUCUCGGUGCCACAUCUGGUGAUCAUAGAGCAACCGGUGGACAAAUUCCGCUUUCGAUACCAAUCGGAGAUGCACGGGACCCAUGGGUCACUGAUGGGUGUCCAUACGGAGAAAAGCAAGAAGACCUUCCCGGCCGUGCAGCUGCGCGGCUUCCAGGGCGAGGCCAAGAUUCGGUGUUCGCUGUUCCAGGUCGAUCCAAACCGGAGGGCCGCCCAUUCGCACAACCUGGUGAUCAAGAGCGGGGAGAUCGAUCUGAACGAUCCGCAUGACAUUGACGUGAACGCAGAAUGCAAAUACGUGGCCAUGUUCCAAGGAAUGGGGAUCAUACACACGGCCAAGAAGAACAUCGCCGAAGAGCUGAGCAAGAAGAUGAAGAAACAACGGGCGGUCGAGAUGAAUCGGGAGUUGUCCCUCAGGGAGGAGUACCAGCUGCAGAAGGAGGCGGCCGAAAUGGCCAAGACGAUGAAUCUGAAUCAGGUGUGCCUGUGCUUCCAGGCGUUCCAGGUGGACGCGGCGACCGGUCGGUGGACUCAGCUGUGCGAACCGGUUUAUUCCAAUCCGAUCAAUAAUAUGAAGAGUGCCCUCACUGGGGAAUUGAAGAUCUGCCGGCUCAGUGCAACCGUGGGAAACGUGGAAGGCGGUGAGGAAGUCUUCAUGUUCGUGGAAAAAGUUUGCAAAAAUAACAUCAAGAUCCGGUUCUAUGAAGUGGACGACACCGAUCAGGAGAUCUGGCAAGACUGGGGUUCCUUCUCGGAAGCGGACGUGCACCACCAGUACGCCAUCGCCUUCAAAACCCCUGCAUACCACAACAAAGACAUCACCGAACCGGUCGAAGUUCUGAUGCAGUUGUACCGACCGCGGGACAAAUGCCAGAGCGAACCGGUUCCGUUCAAGUUCAAGCCCCGUUUCAACAUAUCCCGAAAGCGACCCCGAGUUAGCUCCGGCUUCCUUUCGAAUGAGAUUCCCACCGUGGUUCCCAACGAGCCGGGAUCCAGCCGGCUACCAUCAUUCCACCAUCCAUUCCCCAUGAUACCACCGAUGCAGGCCCCCAUUCCCGAGGCCAGUAGUAACAGUAGCGGUAGCCACACCAUCAGCAAAGAGUACAACAAAUCCGGCAUCAUUCAGGACAUUUUGGACAGUCACAUUCCGACCACACUUGCCGGCGACAUAUCGUUCAGCUCGAACGACUUCAAAGAAUUCGUCAAUUGCAACUCGGAAGACUUACAGAAGCUCAUCCGAGAGAUCGGCGAAGCGCAGGAGGAGACCAAGUUGGAGACGGACGCGGUGUCGGUCGGUCACGUGGACGAAGCAGCGGCGCAGUUUGAGCGCACGCUCGAGCAGUACCUGGAGCAGAACCGCCACGCCAAAGACGUGGAGAUUCUCAAGAAGAUUCUGGCCAUCAUUCGGCUGCUGUUCCGAAAGAACUACGACCAGUGCCGGGAGCUCAUCUCGGCCCUGUGGAUGUCGGCCAACAAACUGAAAGCCAAUUGCCUGCACAUGGCGAUCGAACGCCGUAACGUCAUCAUUGCUUGCAGACUAGUAGAACUCCUCCAGGACUACCAACUCCUGGACAUGCUGGACUUGUUCAAUGAACGCAACGAGACCGCCCUGCACCUGGCCGUGUCCGCAAAUCUGGUAGAAGUGGUCGAUAUCCUGCUGCUAACCGGUUCUCGCAUAAGCUACUGCGACAGCCGGGGGAACUCCGCACUGCAUCGGGCCGUCUACGAGAAUGCCCUGGAUAGUUUGAACGUUCUGCUGGGGCAUUGCAAACGGAACGGGUUCCGGCUGGAUUCGACGAAUGACGAUGGAUUUACGGCGCUGCAUUUGGCGGUCAUGUGUAAAAAUUUGAAGGCCACGAAGGUACUGCUCGAUCGGGGUGCUUCGUAUGUGUUGCGUGAUCUGAAGCAUGGACACAACAUCUUGCACAUAGCUGUGGAGAGCGAUUCACUAGACAUGGUAAACUUCAUCCUGGAAGGCCUAGACAAGACCCUGGCCGAUGAACCGAAUAAUGCAGGCUACACACCGCUUCAGUUAGCAAACGCGAGAAACCUAGCAAAUGCGAACAACAAACUUAUAGUCCGAGAACUACUCCGCUACAAUCCUGGAGGAGUACUGGAAAAAGAACACCUAACCGAGGAGGAAGAUGAAGACCAGGAACAGGAAGAAACAUUCCCACCGACAACAAACAGUGAGUCACAGCCGGAAACCGUACUGGAGUCGAUGAAUGUUAGCUGUAACAGGGUAGAAGUGAUACGGUUACUGGAAGACUACGCGCCACCGAGCGAUGAACCAAAGUUGACACCGUUGGAGAACGUCCCUUACAAUAGUACGCUGGAAGACGGUUCCGUUUACCUCUUUGACGAGGAGUGCCUCUCCCACCUGUGUGGGCUCCUGAACCGGAAGAACCUAUGGCGGGAGGUGGGAUCACUGCUGGAUUUCAAUUCAUUCUUCCCGAUCUGGGAAACUUCGGUGAAUCCCGCUGGGAUGAUGCUGAACUACUUUGAGAUGCAAAAAGUGAAACUCGAGCUCCUGAUCGACGUGUUGCAAGCGUUGGACCAAAAAGAAGCCAUUCACUACAUCGAUGAAAUGAUCUGUCGGCAGAUGAAAUGAUAGGCUGUGGAGCAGCCAGCCGACUGAGAUAGAAUCCCAGAGUACGCCCUUAGUGCUACAACACCAUUUGUGAGAAAUUUGAUUCUCCAUUCCAGUGCUAGUGAUUAGAUAUGAGAGGUUAAGAUUUUUAUAUAUUGAAGAUUUUAUAACAAUACUUAAACAAUUCCGGACGUACAAAUAUCCAAACGUUUAUUGAAUAUAUUUUUUAUUAAAAUUUAA